ACAAAGCCCUCUACUGUUUUGAGCAGGCCAGCAUUAUCCCGCCCAGUUCCACUAUCACGUCGUCCUCAGCAGCAGCAGCAGUCUGCACCAGGUGCAUGCCCUGCCAAUCCCCCCAGAUUCACUGGCUGGGGAGGCGGAGCCAGGUCCAUCUACAUCAGCUUCACGUCAGGAUGACGUAAGGGAGGGGGAAGUGCUGGCUUCCCUAGCCCUUAGAGGAUUCCCUGCAGGGGAUUUCCCUCUGGAGCAGACACGAGAUGAGACUCUUAGGAACGCCUUAGAUCAGAUGGACACUUUCGACAGGGGGCUGGGGUGGUGCUUUCACAGGUAGUGGAGGAGGAGGAGCGACCAGUGCUGUACAUUAGUAGCAAGCUAUCGCUGAGAGAGGCUAAGUACAGCACUAUUGAGAAGGAAUGUCUGGCCAUCAAAUGGGCUGUUCUUACCCUCUGAUACUGUCUGUUGGGGUGGGCCUUCACCCUCUGUUUUUACCAUGCACCACUCCAGUGGCUCUACCGCAUGAAGGAUGCUAACGCACGGAUCACCCGUUGGUAUCUGGCUUUACAGCCUUUUAAGUUUGGAGUGGUCCACAGACCAGGGGCACAGAUAGCUGUUCUCCAGAAGGGGACAGGCCGGAUGGCUCCCUGCCCUGAGUCAGGCGGUGGGUGUAUGUGGAGGUUGGGCCGUGGUGGAGCGUUCGUCCGGAGAGAGAGCGAGAAAUAACAAAUCCAGAGGCUGUGUUCUCAGAGAGUCACUUCAUUACUGGCAAUGGCAAACGCAUGGUGGCAUACCGAAGACAUGAUGGCUCUAUGCAGGUCACACCUGAGCCUGAAGAGGGGAUGGAGCCAAUUGUUAAGGCUAUUUGGGAAGGAGAUGUUGGAACAGUGAAACUAUUGGUUAAGAAACUUGAGUGCAGCCUCCUUACACCAAAUAAAUAUGGAUGGAUUCCUUUGCAUGAGUCAGCAUAUUAUGGACAAGAUCAAUGUAUCAAAAUUCUACUAAGAGCUCAACCUGGGAUGAUUAAUCAGCGCACUUUAAAGGAACAGACUGCUUUAAUGUUAGCUGUGACCAGGGACCAUCUUGCAUGUGUGGAGUCUCUUCUUGAGAGAGGGGCUGACCCUGAUAUUACCAAUCAGGACAAGGAGACUCCCCUUUACAGAGCUUGUGAGAAGGAGAACCCAUCAAUGGUUGCCAUGCUACUGAACUAUGGUUCCUUGGUGAAUAAGAGCUGUAUUCAAGGCUGGACUGCUCUGCAUGAGGCUGUGUGCAGGAACAAUGUGGAAAUCUGUGAGAUGCUGGUUAAAGCUGGAGCCAAAGUCAGCAUACCCAAUAUGUACGGAAUCACACCUAUCUUUGUGGCAGCCCAAAGUGGAAAAGUGGAUGCACUUCACUUCCUUUUAAAAAAUGGUGCAGAUCUCAACAGCCAGGCAGCAGAUGGAGCCACAGCACUGUAUGAGGCCUGUAAGAAUGGUCAUGAGGACAUUGUAGAGUUCCUUCUUUCUCAAAAUGCAGACACCAACAAGCCUGGAAAAACAGGACUGCUGCCAAUCCAUAUUGCAGCCCAGCAUGGCAAUGAUGGCAGAGACCUCCUCACUUACAGGUGUACCCACAAAAGUACAACUAAGAUAGUAUCCAUGCUGAUCCCAGCCACGAGCAAAGCCAGAGUGCGGCGUUCCGGGAUCAGCCCCCUGCAUUUAGCAGCAGAGCGCAACCGAGAUGAUGUUCUUGAGUUGCUGAUUGAGGCCGGCUUUGAUGUCAAUGCCCUGUUGUCUGAGUAUCGUACUAAAAUGUAUGAAGAUCGACGCUGCACAGCUCUCUAUUUCGCUGUCAUAAAUAACAACAUCGAGGCGACCACCAUGCUACUGGAGGCCGGUGCUAAUCCAAACCUGGACACGUUCAACCCACUCCUGGUAGCCCUGAGGCAGGGUUGCAUGAAAGCAGUGACUUUGUUGGUGGAACAUGGUGCUGAUGUCAAUGCCAGCAUCCCAACUCAUCCAACCACCUUUCCAGCCACUCUUAUGUUCUGCAUGAAGUACCUGACAUUAUUGAAGUAUCUGAUGGAUAAUGGCUGCGAUGCCUUGUCAUGCUUCAGUUGUAUUUAUGGCAGCAAUCCUCAUCCACCUAUAAAGACAACACGUAAUCAGAGGCAUAACAGAUAUGAAAGUACAGAGAAGACCUGCGUUCAGUUCUGUGAGAUGAUCUCCACAGACAAUUACUCACUUUGGGCAGGACCGAUUAUAGACGUGCUACUUGACUAUGCUGGUGAUGUGAAACUCUGUGCAAGACUCACUGAACAUCUGGACAGUUACCCUGACUGGAACUGCAUCAAAGAGAAAGCAACACCUCCACGCCCACUGAUGCAGCUCUGCAGACUGAAAAUCCGCAAACUGCUUGGGAUCAACAGACUGAAGAAAAUAAACAAGCUGCCAGUUCCUCCAAGGCUGAUCAAAUUCCUAAAUCAUCAAGAACGAGAACAGGCCUAUUUUCAGUGCUGACUCUCAAUACAGAGAGAACAAAGAAGUUUGAAAAAUAAAUGCUUCUGUUUGCUGAACUUGCUCUAAGCUAUUAGGAAUUAAAUGGCAUUUACUGUACAUUCUCAUUUAAUAUUUGCACAAAUACAACAAAAAAAUUGCUUAAAGGCCACAAACGCUUUUGUAUUUGUCAGACCUAUACAAAAUUUAGGACACAGGUUUUAAAUAGAUGUAUUAAAUGGGAAUGUAGUACUUUUAUUUGUAUAUACACACUAUGCUUAUUUGGAAAAAAUAACUUGUUGUUAUGUGCGGUGGCAUUGAUAACAUAAUUGACUCUUAGGAAAAAGAAAUAAGUAAUUGUUAGUAUUUGCAAUGCCGUAGAUAUGUAUUUUUACUUGAUGCUCCUUUGUAUUGUAUUUUUUGAUAGGUUUCGUAUUUUAUCGUUUUUCUGUAUUUUGCAGUUUUGUUUGUUUGUGAUUAAUAAAGUUUGACAAGAUAUCAUAACCAGAAGCAACAAAAGCAAACACUCAGUGAAUAAAUCACAUUCUUCAAACUAUGACAUCUAUGUACAUCUUUUAAUUGGCACGAUUCAGUCUGUAAUUUUACUUCAAUAAAACAUAUCUGUUCCA